UUACAGGCAUAAAGCACGACAAUGCAGAUAUUUGUUAAAACCCUCACGGGGAAGACAAUAACCCUUGAGGUUGAGCCAUCUGACACCAUCGAGAAUGUCAAGGCCAAGAUUCAGGACAAAGAGGGAAUUCCACCUGACCAACAACGACUCAUUUUUGCCGGAAAACAGUUGGAAGAUGGUCGUACAUUGUCUGAUUAUAAUAUUCAAAAGGAGUCUACAUUGCACUUAGUGUUGCGUCUACGCGGUGGUGCCAAAAAACGCAAGAAGAAGAAUUACUCUACUCCCAAGAAAAUGAAACAUAAGAGGAAGAAGGUCAAGCUAGCUGUCCUUAAGUACUAUAAGGUUGAUGAAAAUGGCAAGAUUCAUCGUCUACGUCGCGAAUGUCCUGGAGAAAACUGCGGCGCUGGUGUAUUCAUGGCAGCACAUGAAGACCGUCACUACUGUGGCAAAUGUAAUUUGACACUUGUUUUUACUACGCCAGAAGAUAAGUAAUCCAAAUAA